AUGGCAGACGUUCCACCGGUAUCCAAAGACGGCUUCACAUUCUCUGGAGAGCUCUAUGCUGAGACCACCGGUCACAAGCUUCACCGACGUGCGAUGGCAGCGGAGCUCCGGGCUCUGUAUAAGUCUAAUGAUGAGAAGGACUAUCCGGGUCACUGGUACGAGGCACAGCUGAUGCACUAUGGCCUGCGACGGUCGAGAGUGAAGAGCACGGCAAAGAUGCGUCUCUUCGAGUUCGUGGUCAAGCGAUAUGACAGGUUCUGCGUGCCCCCGGAUAUCUUGAAGAUCAAGGCGCAACUGAGGACCGAAUGGCGCAGGAACUUGCGACAGGCGCGGAGGAACCAGAACAUGAACAGACAGAACAGUGGGCCUGCAGUAGAACCCCAUGCGGCCAAUUGGGAGAACAUGGAUGGUCCCAGAGGCAGCAAUAUGUACGAUGGCUCGGGCGUCAAUUCAGCCAUCACAGCUCCAGAAGGCUACAACGUCACGCUGUCGAUCCGAUCCAAAGACCGACAGCAGUCUGGACAGGGCAAUGCGGGCCAGGCACAACACGCUGGACCAUCUACACCGGGACAGAGCUGGCAAGCAAAUGGGACGCCGAGGGAGGUCAUGACUCCGGCCGGAAGAGCACAGAACACGGGACAAGUUGGGCUGCCAUCUCACAACAACACGAGCGCAGAGGCACAUGACCACCAUAAAAAGAAGAAGAAGAAGAAGAAUCUUUGGGUGGACAGAGGUGCUCAGGGUCAUGCCGGCAACCAGAAUAGCAAUAAUUGGGUAAGCAACCAGGCCAAUCAGAUCAAUCAGGCCUACCAGGCCAACUCAAACAGCCAGAAGGACCAGAGAGGUGCAUGGCAAGUGGAAAACCAGAGACGGAGGCACCACCAGAUGCAACAGCAAAACAUGCGAUUCCCGCGAGCCCCACAAACGCCCACAGCAGCUAGAGCUUUCUACGGCAACCAGACGCCCCAAAAUGUGUCUUCACAUCGGCAGACAACACCAGGGCAGCGGACAGGCACUCUGACGAAUGGAUGGUCGUCCCCUUACCAGCCGUAUGCAGGACGACUAGAAACGCCGCAACAGAUGCCUCUUCCGCCGGCCUGCGGCGGCUCUUGCAUGCAGCGAAACAACGGCCAGAACAGACAUAUGCAAGGACGAGAUACACCUGCACAAGCUGGAGGCAGUGGGCCAAGACACGUCCACUUCCGAUAA